AGUAGUCCCCUCAUAUGGCUCGUGGCAGCAGCAGCCAGAUACAGACCCCAUGGUACUGCUCUAGGGGCAACAGUUAGGGGUGGGCAGACCAUUGUUGAACAGAGAUGUAAUGAAGCAGAAUUUUGGAUAUGCUUACUGUCUAGCAUUACUUCCUCUUGAGAAAAGAAACUGACUCUGUAUAAUAGAAGAGUUUGAUUUCAUCUUAUUCGGGAUUUCCAAAACUCCAAGUUCAGUUCCCUUUUUGGAGAGAAAUAAAAAGAGCCAUUCAGACUGCAGUUGCUUACAGCAGCUAAGAGAAGCCAAGAUGAAGAGCCUAGCUACAGUGCUGGUAAUAGCUCUGCUUGUCAAGAACCUGAUUGUCCUGGAGGGUCUGCCUUUGGAAAGCCUUCUCACUUACCACAGAUGCAAGUGCCUCAAAGACACCUCAAAUAUCAUCAGAGUUACAAGCAUACUUUCCAUCAAUGUGAUGCCUCCAGGGAUUCAUUGCAGAAAGAAGGAAAUAAUACUCACACUGAAGGGGGACAAGAAAGUCUGUGUGAAUCCUAGUGCCCCAUGGAUCCAGAUAUUGUUGCAACACCUGACCCAAAGGAAAGCCCUCCAAAACAAUUCAAAACAAGUCAUGUAUUCAUUCUGACCAGGAAACCUGAUACAGAAGAAGCACUCUUGCUAAAAGGGACUGAUGAGCCUCCUUUGGAGAGUAACAUUUUAAACAGGGGCGGACAAUUAUUUCAGGUGGAGGGCCACUUACUGAGUUUUGGCCAGCCAUCAAGGGCCACAUGACAGG